UUGACUGACAGGGGAAAUGGAGUUUUGUUACCCUCCUGUCCUCCCUAAGAUGGAGGAUAUAAAGAGUCGGUGGGGGUCUUGAGAAGCCCCUGGUUCUCAGCGAGAGCUGCUGCCGACCACAGAGCAGUUUGAGGGUUUAUACUGUAGACAGCUAAUUCACUGCCAAAAUGACAUCUUCCACCUCUACACAAUAUCUUCCAUCUGAGAAUGCCUGCAGAACAUCACAAGUCAAACAGGUACGACCAAAACUGCCACUCUUGAAGAUUCUGCAAACUGCAGGUGCUCAGGGAGAGACUUUCACACCAAAAGAGAUCAUACAUUACCUCGGAGAGUAUAUCAUGCUGAAGCAGCUGUAUGACAAACAGCAACAGCAUAUGGUGUAUUGUGGAGGAGACCAGUUGGGGGAACUCCUGGGUCGUGACAGCUUCUCUGUAAAAGACCCAAGCCCAAUUUAUGACAUGCUGAAACGGAAUGUGACUUCUGCUACUGUUUUAGAUGCUGCGCAGACUCUUGCUCUCACAAAGGAUCAAAACGUGGAUAAAUCAAGCCAAGAUCAACUGAAGCAGAGUAGCACAGCGGGCAGUUCCAGCAUUGAGCAAAAAGAGAAUGAAGACUAUACACCUGUGUUGUCUACCUCAAAAAAUGCAUGCCCAGUGGAUGAGGUCUUAAUAAGUAACCUUUCAGAAAAACAGCCCACACUGGAUCUGGUACUUGAAGAGUGGGAUGUAGCUGGUCUUCCAUGGUGGUUUUUAGGUAAUCUGAAAAACAAUUACAAGUCCAGAAGUAAUGGUUCAACAGAUAUACAGACUAAUCAGGAUGUAGACACUGCUAUUGUUUCAGAUACUACUGAUGAUUUGUGGUUCCUCAGUGAAUCUGCUUCAGAUCAGUUUGGUGUCAGAAUCCCAAGAAAAACUGUUGACUGUGAGGAAACAAGUGAAGAAGGAAAAGAGAAUAGCAAAAUGGUGACAGAAGUUACAUCUUCUGAUGACUUUGAAGAUUCACAGUCCUUAAGUGAUGAAACGGAUAUAGAUGCUCCUUCUGAGGAUUGUUGGCAGUGUACCAAAUGCAAGAAGUUCAAUUCCCCCAUCAAACGGUACUGUUUCCGCUGCUGGGCCUUACGGAAAGACUGGUUCUCUGACUGCCCCAAGCUUGCUCAUUCUCUCUCCACAUCUCACAUCGCCACAAUGCAACGCAAUGAGGACACGGAAGGGAUAGAUGUCCCAGACUGCCAAAGGACGGUGUCUGCUCCCCUUGUACGACCUAAAGAUUUGUGCAGAACUGAAGUCAAAGCCCAACUAGGCCCCAGAAGGCUCAUGGAUUCCCUGGAUCUUGCACAGAAGUGUGAAGGUGGAGAGUCUUCCCUACAGUUGGCUAAGCACAAAGAAAAGGAAGAGGAAGUGCAGUCCCUUGAGAGUAGCAAAGAAUUGCUGAAGCCCUGCCUCAUGUGCCAGAAGAGGCCACGGAAUGGAAAUAUAGUCCAUGGAAGGACAGCUCAUCUUGUGGCUUGUUUCACAUGUGCAAAAAUGUUAAAAAAGGCGCGAUCACCUUGCCCAGUGUGCAAGAAACAGAUUCAGGUGGUGAUCAGGACUUACAUAGCAUAAGUCUGUCAUUUCUCCUGGCAAACAAUAGCUACUCCCAGAAUGCUAUAUUUUUAGACAUACUUUUUUACUCCUACAGCAAGGAAACUCUCAUCAAAAGAAAAAUAUUCUUAAGCUAAGCAAUAGCAAAAUGUGAUGGGCAAAGUAAAAUAAAUAAAUAAAAUGGGAUGGGCAAAGCAGCCACUUUCUCUACCAUUUAUGUAGCAUGAUUACCAUGCAGUUAGUUGAAAUAGCUGUCAUGAAUGGAGCUUGAUAAGUUAUGUGAACUACUUUAAUGGAAGCCAGCUAACUGAGUGACAAAGAACUCUUGGAUAUUGCCACAUCAACUUGACAAUGUAGUCAGUAGUGUCAGUUCUGAAGCCCAGGAGUCUUGCACACCUGCAUCAGUCCUUCUAGAAAACUUAUUUUCCAGAGUUCAGCUGGAUUUUUCCUCUGUUUAAACAUCAUACAUUGCACAUCCAUAAAGAGCAAAAGGCCUUCAAUCUCUGCUGAAUAUGUGUUUACAUAGAUCUGUUUUGUAUAUACAUGUUCAAUAUUCUUGAGGUGUUAAGCCUAGUGUUAAUUGCAGUAAACUGCCUUGAAUUCCAGAGACUUAUUCAGAUGUUGCUGUGUGUAGAACCUACUUAUAGUCAGGGUUCAGGAUCACAUUCACAUAAUUCACCAAGCAUAGACUGCACCGCCUGUAUCCACCCAAACAUAAUCCCUGUAGCGGUGCUGCCAAAGAUUUGUAAUUGCACCUGCUUAGAAUAAGAAUAGGAUUCUUAAGAUUGGUUUCUCCCUCCUCUGUGUAUCUGGUCUGCAGCAAUUGCCCCACUGUUGCUUCUUGCGCAGCCUAGCUAGUCUCCCACUCUCGUCUUUUCUAUCCCAUCCCAGUAUGCACCUUAGGCUGUGGAAUUGGUUUUCGGCAAGAUUUGGAGCUUGGCUGGAGCAGUUGAUAGACUCUGCAGACUAGAAGUAGGACUACCAAAAUAGUUCAAGAUGUGCAGGUCACUUAAUCUCCCCUCCCCCUCUGUUUUUGGCACCUUUCUUUCCCAUUAACCCUGCUUCAGCAUUGUUUUGAAGAGACUUAGGAAGUGAUGCACCUUGCACUUUAAAACAUAUUCAAUACAACUCGACAAAUACAUAGCUUGGGCUCCAUUUACCUCACUCUUUGGGAACAUGGCAGGAUUGUUCCCAGCGAUGUGUCUGCUGGAGGCCCUGGAGCAACUUUAAAAGUAGCUUUAGUAGUGAGUCUUCUGCAGAAAUACCCUAUUUAAAAGACUAUGUUAUCCUCAAUGUUAUUGCUUUUUAAUCCAGAUUUUUUUUUUUACUCUCCACUUCCCUAUACCUGAAGCUACACUGCAUGUUAUUGCUCUUUGCAUUGUAGAAAGAACAGUGCACAGCACCCCUUAACUAUAUACUUUAAUUUAGGCUGUGAAAAAUGAAGAGUGGAAUAACUGAUGAAAUUGUUACCUGGCGAUUUAUUGGUGGCAUCAUUACUUGGCUAGCUAAGUUUUGUUGGAGAAGGGGUGACUGAAAGUUUGAAACUAGAACUCGGAACCAUUCCUCCUAAUCAAAAUAUUUACUGGUGACUCCAACUUUCUGCCCCUCAUCCUUCAUUUCCAACUAGCUGCUUGCAGUUGACCAUUGAUCCUAAAUGAAGGAAGGUUGAAAACUUAGCAGUAUCAACCUGUUUCCCCCAUAAUUGCUCUGCUGGUAUCAGUCACAUACCACUGAUAAAUGCAGGUGUUUUUAUUACAGAUAUUUAUGAUACAAUUACUGCUUUUUAGUUUUCUAGUUGCACACCUUUGCAUGCUAACCUGAAAGCAGAAAAAGAAAAGGUCACUUAUUUCUCCCUUUCCAUCAUUUCCCUUUAAUGUAAGAAGCUAACUUAAGCUGAGUAUAUGCUAAUAUAAGUUGCCUUGCCCUCACUUCCUCAGUGACGCUUUUAACGGCUGUAUACCAGCUGUAUGUCAGAGUCUUAGUGUUUUUAUGAAGAUGAUGCAUCUUGCUAAAGGGCCCUUUAACUAGUGGAUAGCUCCUGAGAGCAGAAGAGGAAGCUGUUUUCAGCUUUAGUUAUCUGUCUUGUGAUCAGUUUGGAGUAUAGUGUUUCAGAUACUGUUAGCCGUUUUCCCAAUAAGUUUUUUUUUAAACAGUUGUCUGAUCUCUAAAUAGUUUGACCCUAGUUCUUUUGUGAAGAGUGCAUGUUUUGUGGGACGAGGCAGACUGCAACACUAUUUUCUUGCUCUGUUUUGAAACUGUACUGAGUGUUAUAACAUAUAUGUUUGUGAAGAGGGUGAGUGUCUUUUUGGUUCAGUUUAUGUAUACUAUCUCCCUUUAGCCAGAAGUUUUUAUCCUCUGCCAACUCUUAAAGUGGUGGCCCUCUUUGGUACUAAUAACAAAUAGAGCAACUAUUUAAGUAUUGUACUUGAAUAGAGCAACUGUCUAUUUAACCUAGCAUGGUAUCUCUUACAAUGGUGGUCUUCCCUUGUAGAUCCUAGUACUUGUAAGCCAUUUUGGGACAGGGAACCAUUAUGCCUUUUUUCUUCAAGAGCUUUUUGUGUUUUGAAAAUAAGCUUCUAAAUAACAGACUCCAUUCUGCUGAACUGUGUGCAUAACUAGUUCUUAGUUGGCUGCUACUACCUGAAAAUGCAAGCCAUUCCACAGCCAACUGUGUGGCUGGAGGAGCCCCAGAUUUGCCCACAGUACUCAGCUGUUGAAUCUUAGCAAAUAGCUUUUGAAGAAUAAAUUAACUAUUUACCAAGUGUUAAUUUAAGACACUAGAGUAACCAGUAUUUCAGUCUAUUUGCAUAACACAGAUGAUUCACUUUUGAGCAGAAAGAGCAGUUAAUAAUCUAGAAGGGUUAACCAUGUGGAGGGAAGAUUUGACAGGCAAGCUAAGUAAACCAGAUGUUUAAAAUGGACUAUGUUUAAAAUGUUUAAAAUGGACUAAAAUUAUGUCCUUUUGUAACCUGUUAACCAGAAGGGCUGGUUACCCAGCUUUCUUAUGUUGUAACUGUGAGAACUGACAGAUAAAACAUUUUCCCAAGCUUCUUAUGAGGCAAAGUGAUCCACCUCCAUAUAUCAUCCCUAGUUUAUGAAUACUUGGUGUCUCUGAAAAACGAGCCUCCUAAAACACCAAGCUACAAGCACAGAGGUCUGAAGAUGAACUAGGGAAAUCCUAUAAGGUUGUCUUCAAGAACAGUCAAAAGUACUGAUAAACUAGACUUGUAUGCAUAUUAAACAUUUACAUUGCUUUAAACUUAAACUUGUAUGAACAGUAAACUUCUGAACACUAGAUUCUAGUGGCAGACCAGAUGCUACAUUUGACAUGGGGUACAACUGAGAAUGACAGCCCCAAAGAGUCCUGUUUCUCCUAGUGUCAUGAUGUCAACAUAUCUCAUUCUCACCCCAUGCCUUAAAUGCCACUGGCAGUGAUGGAGAAAUGACAUGGGUAAGUAUGCCUAAAUGUUACAGGGUAGAGAAGGACAUGGCAAUGUUCUCCACAGUAGCACGGUGUCGUCAUGUCUAAUUCUGCUGUAAAACUUGGGCAGAUUCCUCUUGCCUGUUUUAGUUGUCUAUUUCUUUUGUUCUCAUAUAUUGGAAAAUUGUGGGGAGGGCUGGAAAUGGUUUUACUCUAAGGGUGAUUCUAUAGUCCCAAGUGGCCCUCUACUUUGUACUGUUUUGUCAUUGUUUGAAGUGAAAAUUUCGCAAAUGAUUUUUUAAAAACUGCAGUGCUACCCUACUCUCUGACAAUCAGAUUUGUGUCAUAUGGAAAAUGUUUGAAUAGCUCUUCCUAAAUUUCAUAUCUGAGAUGGAUUCAUUACUGAGCAGCAAAGAACAUGGUACAUUACCUUAUUUCCAAUCAGAUCUGUUAAAUGCUUACUGCACAACAGCAGCACUGGCAACCUCAUCAAAUGCUGCAAACCUCAAGAGAGAAGCUAUACAUGAAGCCUCUGUUUUCAGCACCAAGAAAUAAAUUCCUCCACAACUGCCUGUUAAGAGGAUCUCUGACCUUAAACACAACUACUCAGCUUUAUUAAAAUAUUGAAUACAUUUACAGCUUAAACUUUAACAAGAGGUCUUCUGGUGUAUUCAUUGUCCCUAACUAAUGCUGGCUUCUUCCUUGUCAUACCAGUGGUUAUGAAAUGAUUUCCAAGACCUGUAUUGCAUGUUUGCUGCAUGAGCACGAGAACUAGAGUGCAGCUUAGGGUCUCCAGCCUUGUCAGAUAAUGUGUUGUAGACAUUUUUUUAAAGGAUUCUGUUGAAAGCCCCCUCAGGUACCCAUAAAGCAGAACAUCUGGAGAAACAAAGGUUUAGCAAUGCUGAUGAGAGGAGGAUGGUUACUACCCCUUUCAUCCCUUAUAUUUAUACUUUUCUUGAAUGGGUAGUAUUGUUGAUGUAAACUGCAUAAAGUUUUGAGAUACAAGAGUCACAAACAUACAUCAUUAGAUGUAAUAAUGAAGCAGGUUAUAGACACAAAUUUACCCCUUUUUAAAAGGUGUCACAGGACAGUUUCAGUUCUUGAAGAAACAGUUUUGUUAACAUGCUAUUCACACAGAUUAAUCUGUAUUCCUAUUCUAGUUUGUCUCAUUGUCUGAAUGUACAAAAAUAUGAACUAAAUGAAAAUGCAAAUAAAGCUGCAGCAACUAGAACAGAACUUCAGGAAAAUGUCAGAAAAUGCUAUUAUAUGCUUCCCAUUUUUCCACCUUACAAAUUUAAAAUUCUGGUGCAUUAUCCAUUGUGAUUUUUAUCUGUUUAUUAAUUUUAAAUGUGUUAUAUUUUAUAUUUUAAUUUGUAUACAACCUAGAGAUUUCUACAUCAGGUGGUAUAGAAAUUCAAUAAAUUUAUUAUAAUUUUUUUUUCCAAA